AUGUUAUUGAUGCAGUCACUCAAGCCGUGGGCCACGGGAUGGUUCAAACCCAUGCCCCUUUCCAUCUUCAUCUUCCUGACUACUGGCACGGUCAUCAAGUACCACCGUACACGGCGGCACACGCGAAGUCCGCACCAAUACGGCUCACCUCAUUCAGCCGCGCCACAAUACUCCAUUCAACAAACGUCUCCACAGGCAUACGCUCCUCCACAACCGCCGCAGACAUAUGCACCACAACCACCUAAUCAGUUUGCCCAGCCUGCAUCACCCCAGCACUAUCCAUCGCCAUUGUCCUCCAGCCCGCAAUACCCGGUCCAGAAUCCGACAUCGCAAGGCUAUAACGCUCAGUCGCAAUCUGCGCGUCACUACUCGUAUGAGCCGGCCAGCGCGUCGUCGUACUCGGCCUCCAACCGACCUCAGCUGACUCAGUCUCCGCAUUAUUCCGUACCGCAGCCCGCAGCUUACAACGUGCAUGUCCCUUCAUCACAGCACAGCACCCCGAUCCAACAACAUCGUCCAGAAUCUGCGCACAAGCACGACUCACAGAGAAGAUCAUCAUUACCUCUAUACGGCGUCUCACCUUACGGUACUCCUCCCCAUCCGCAAUCAUACUAUGUAGCAGAUGAGAAAUACCCUGCCACCUCCCACCCUGGCUAUUAG